UCAAAAUUUAUAAAAAGGUAAAAUAUUUCCUUGUUGCUUAUAUUUUCUUUGGAGGAGAAAUGAAUUCAGAAUUUCAAGUUUUAUAACAACCUCAAUAUGAUAUGAAUAUGAUAUCAGAAUUUCCUAAUGAGAGUUACAUGUUCUAUUUUCCUUUCAGGUGAUCAAAUAUUAUACCGAGCUCUUACAGAUUUGAAAAAAAAAUUAUCUUCUCAAUUCAACCUGCUGGAAAAUCUAGAGUAAAUUUUCUAGGAAUGUGAAGACUCUGAAUUUUUGUAAGGGCCUGAAAAGAAUCCAGUAUGUCCAAUGUCACUGCAAUAACUGGAUUCAUCCUUACGGGGUUCUCUGACAUCCAGGAGCUGCAGACUUUAUGUGGAGUGCUCUUCCUAGGGAUGUACAUGGCAGUUGUAAUAAGCAAUCUCAUCAUCAUCACUCUUGUCACCAUUGACCUACAGCUUCAAACACCCAUGUACUUCUUCUUGAAGAAUUUGUCCUUGUUGGAUGUCUUCUUUGUGUCUGUUCCCAUUCCAAAUUUCUUUGUCAAUAGCCUAACUCACAACAAUUCCAUUUCCAUUCUUGGUUGUGUCUUCCAGGUAUUUUUAAUGACUUUAUUUGCAGCAGGAGAAGUAUUUGUCCUGACUGCCAUGUCCUAUGACCGCUAUGUUGCCAUUUGCAGUCCUCUGCACUAUGAUGUCAUUAUGAAUGGUGGUGCCUGUGUUCUUAUGGUGGGUGUUUCCUGGGCUACUGGGGCACUCUUUGGAGCCAUAUAUACAGCUGGCACAUUUUCCAUGCCUUUCUGUGGCUCCAAUGUGAUCCCACAGUUUUUCUGUGCUGUUUCCUCAUUGCUAAGGAUUUCAUGCCCCCAAACACUUUUGGGCAUUUAUAUGAGUCUUGGAAUUGGUGUGUGUCUAGGCAUAUCCUGCUUUAUUUGUGUAGUGAUCUCUUACUUUUACAUAUUCUCCACUGUGUUGAAGAUUCCUACUACUAAAGGUCAGUCCAAAGCAUUAUCCACAUGCAUCCCCCACCUCACUGUUCUCACUAUUUUCAUAGCUACUGCUUGCUUUGUCUAUCUGAAGCCUCCCUCAGAUGUACCAUCAAUCACAGACAGGCUCUUUUCUGUGCUCUACACUGUUCUGCCUCCAGCACUGAAUCCUUUGAUCUACAGCCUGAAGAACAGUGAUGUCAAGUGUGCUCUGAGUAGGUUGCAGCAAAAUCUCUGCUCAAGGGGUUCACUUCAUUGAAAACUUCAAAGUAUUUUUCAGUGGUAUAGCACCUCACAAGUUACAAGCAAGAUUUGUAAUUUCUGACUUUAGAAAGACAAUUAUAGGAAUUCAUAUUUUGAUUGAGUAAAUAAUAACUCAGAACAGGGCUGAUAUUAUCUAAGAUCAGAAAAUUAGAUUACAUCAGACUAACAUACAAACUCAUGGCAUCAGUUUCUUCUUUUGUAUGAUAAACCUUUUCUCAUUUGAGAAAUAUAAACUUCUAAAUCUAUUGAUCAAUUUUAAUGCUAAGAUUCCAUGUUAGGUCAUUUUAUGAUUUCUUAUCAGUUUCAUUUAGUUAAUAAAUAAAUAAAUAAAUAAAUAAAUAAAAGACCAAUUGAGCUAGAGAAAGUAUGCGAGCAAUAAAGGUAAAUCCACAUAUGGUUCCUAUGCCAGUCUGUCUAGUAGUGAGAAAAACAGCAGAGAAACUAAAUCAGUAGAAUGAGAACAUUCUGGAGACUUGACCCAAUCUGUAAAGCAAUACCAAAUGCUUACAGCAAAGUCAAAUCUGGAGAAAGAUUAUAUGAGCCAAGUUCUAAAAUAUAAAUAGUGGCUACUAUGGUUGAGGGCCAGACAGUGGAGAGGUGGAAAUUCAUGUGGCUCUUUUUUUGGCACUUCUCCUCAUUCAAACAUUAUUUACAGAUGACAGAAGGCAAGUUCAUUUGUCUAAAGAAUUAAAUAAUCUAAACAUGUUCUAGAGACUUAAAAAAUAUAGACAAGUCAUUUUCUCUAAAUUAUAGAAAUGUUAAAAAGUUACUGAGGAGAGGGGAAUCUUUGACUCUCCUGGGUGCUCAUAUGAUUCUCUAUGAUUUGUGAAAUGACCUCAACAUGAUGCAUACCGCUACAGGAUUGCACUGCUGUGAGUUAUAACCAAUUUCAUGAAUAGGACCUUUUUGUUAUAGAGCUGGAUUUGUCUCCUCCAUGCCACUGUAAAUAAGGAACCUCAGUAAAUUCAUUGGUUUACCAUGUUGUACUUUGGUGGAAUUACUUUUGUAUUUCUUUGAUUCUGUAUCUGGUGUGAGUAGGUAUUAUUUCUCCAGAGGAAAAUCUAACACAACGAUUUUCCAUAUGUGUUUAUUAACCUCCCUGUAGGCCAGAAAAGCCAUACCUCUAACUAUGUGCAGGUGAAUUUUCCCAUAACAGAAUAGAAAGAAGUUGUGGAACCAACUAAAAUUGCAGAGGAAAUCACCUGUCUAUAUGUGGAAUCCCAUUUUCAGGUGUCCUAGUGUCUUUACCCAACAGGUCUGCAUAGAGGGGAUUAUUGGACCAUGAGCCUGAGUACAGGUGCCUGAGAGGGUCUGCAUUGGCUGUGGUCUGAAGGGGGCAUCUCUUUUGCUCCACCACCUUGGCAUUCCUGUAAGUACCCGAGGGCACAGACAGUUGUGGGGGCUGAUGGAAUAGGUUCCAAGCUUUCUUGAGGCUAUCCUGUAUUUUCUAUCUUUAUCUCUCCCGUCUAUAUUCUUCUAUGUAAUAUUUCUUACUGCUCCUACUCAUGAGAACUCUGGGGAACUGUGGUGGGAUCGGGGGGUAGGCAGCCCCUCCACAUCCAUGAAAGAUUUUCUUUGGUAAAUUUUCCAGUGUCUUCAGAUACAAAAUAUUUUAUUUCUGAUGUAUAGAAUCUCUUUGGACAGACUAUGCUUUAUCAGAAUAAUUAUGUAUCUUCUAUAUUUAAUUGAGUUUUCAUUUCUCAAAAAGUACAAUAUUUGGAAUGUAUGGCCUCUCUCAAUUACAUUAACAACGUUUUAUAGUCACUCUGACAAAGGGUUACUGGACCCCAAGUCGUGAUUUGAAACCAUUCCCACUUCCCUUACCCUAUUUCAUCUUAGCCUCACACAUAGGGAGACAAAUUACUUAUCUCUAUCAUCCAAGCAAAAACCAAAGUGACUCUCCAUUCUGGGAUAUAUGCUGACAUCUUCAAAACCACUGUUAAUAACAAAUCUUAUGAAUGACCUGCUGUCCUUUAAAUUAUCUAUGGGAUACUUGAUUAUAAAAACAGGUUUAUACUGAAAUGGCCCUGCUAUGCUUGACAGCUCAAACCACUAGCUGUACAUGAUUUUGUUUGAUUGGACCUCAAUGUAAUCUCAAGGCCUAGUUUAAAAUAAGAGAUGAAGCACAUCACACUAAAGAUAUCCAUUGAUGUAGUUAACAAGAAAAAAGUCAUUUUCCAUUCAUUAGCAUGGUUUUCACAAAAACACUCUCUCUUCUAUGUGGUGUCCAGAUUUCAAUGUUUCCCCUUUCAACUAAACCUUUGCCUAAUGUU